GUACAAAAUGUAUACUGGACCCUGCCCCGGGCGCAUGAAUUGAGAAACUAGAUACUAUAUAGAAUGAGAUACGAACACAUCUAAUCAGAGUUGUCCAGGAAGCGGUAUUCGUCACAUCGUACUCUCCAUGCGUCCACUACAAUUUUUAAACAGGGAUUAAUUCACCCAAGCAUCACAGACUGGCUGUUGCACGGAUCUCCACCCUGCGUUUAUCUGCUGAGAGAGACUUCAGUGAAUUGUCUUAUGUUGAGAGGAAACAUUUAUUGAGAUUUCAGUUCAUUGGCAAAACAUGCACCCUUUUUAGAUAACAUUUUGAGAUGUGCAUCUGUAAUACUUUGUAGUCAGAACGUCGACAAGUUCCUGAAUGGAGAAUAAGGCCAUGUACCUGAGUACAUACGAAGAGAGGGAGAACGGAUCCUUCUGUGAGGAAGGCUACGAUGGCAGGAACCUAUCAAAGCUGAACCUGUGUGAAGAUGCCGGCUCUGCCAAGAGGAGAAGAAAGUCAGACAAUUGCUGCAGCCACCUGAACUCCCUGUCUGCCAUCAAGUAUGCCAUCGUGUCUCUAUACAUCCUGGUACUCCUGUGUAUCCUUGGCCUCUGUUUAGCAGUGUCCAGGUCUCAGAUGUCCUCAGAGAAGCAGGAGGCACUGAUGGAGAACAUGACCCGUAUGGGGGACCGCUCCCGGGAGCUCCAACAGUCCCUGGGCGACAUCUCCUCUCAGGCAAACCUCCUGGAGAAAAUCUGGAAGCUGGAGAACCUGUUCCAGAACCACAGCGAGUCCUUACAGCAGCUGGGCCGGGCAUUUCACGGCCUGGAGAGGGACAUCAGGGAUCUGCAAGGCCACUCCCAGUCGACAGACAGUGCAGUGGAGAAGCUGGGGGGCCGUGUCGCUACCCUGAACCAAUCGUCCCAGAGGAACGUGAGUGGGCUGAGCAACCUGCUGGCCCAGGCCUCUGUCUCGCUGCACGACCACGACCUACUGCUGAAGAGCGCAGCGGAUCAGGUGGACCAGCUCAAGGAGAGGCUUGAGGAGGUGGGCUGGACGGUGGACGCGGUCAACCACACAUUCACGAGUGACAUCAGCAUCCAUCACCUGAAGAUCCAGGACCUGCAGGUGCAGAUCAGCAAUGUGAGCCAGGACACACGGUACAUGAGGGAGACACAGGUGCAAAUGGAGGAGACACUGAAGAACGAGGUGGAGAUCCUCAGCACCGUCACAGAGGACCUGAGGCUCAAGGACUGGGAGCACUCCAAUAUCCUCAAGAACAUCACCUUCCUAGAAGGGCCUCCAGGACCAAAGGGUGAGAAGGGCGAUGUUGGGCCACUUGGGUCCCCUGGUGUGGCAGGCCUCACAGGGAUGAGCGGUUUUACAGGAGAAAAAGGCACCCAGGGUCCAAGGGGACUAAAAGGCCCGAGCGGCCCCGACGGCCGACAGGGGGAGAAAGGGGAUAUGGGACCCAAAGGGCCCAAAGGUGACAAAGGAGACAGAGGACUGAAGGGCGAGAAGGGAGACCGAGGUGACCGUGGUGAAAAAACAGUGGACGAGACACUGGUGAGGCUGGUGAAUGGAUCAGGCCCUCACGAGGGGAGAGUGGAGGUGUUCCACGAGAGACGCUGGGGAACGGUGUGUGAUGACGUCUGGGACAAGAAGGACGGCGACGUGGUCUGCAGGAUGCUUGGCUACAAAGGAGCCUUCGAGAUCCAUAAAACAGGCCGGUUUGGACAAGGUACUGGGCUCAUCUGGAUGGAUGAUGUGGCCUGCGUUGGGAACGAGGACACCAUUCACCAGUGCAAGUUCUCAGGCUGGGGUAAGACAAACUGUGGGCACGUGGAGGAUGCGGGGGUGACAUGCAACACCUAACACCCACAAUUUGAACCCCCACCGAGUUCAGUUACAAACUGCUGAGAUUAGUUGCAGUUGACAGGCAGCGUGAGGUAGAGCAGAAGAGCUGUAUCCUGCUGUCCUACACCCACCCACCGCUGUGGGCAACUGAUUUGACAGUUAUGUGCAAACAUGCUUUGAUUUCAGACCCCUUAGGGCCUCUUGGAUGGCUAUUGUUCAUGUAAAGUAGGUUUAUCAAUAGCAAAUACUUCUUAGCUGAACUAGAUUCAGUGCCAAAAAUGGACCAACUUAAAAAAUGGUCAGUCACAAAUGUUUGUCAAAUUUUUUGAUAGAUAAAGUGAUUACAAAGAAAAGAAAGGGGAAGAGAUGCCAUUUUAAAUGGAUGUAUGACUUGGCCCUAGUACGAUUUAUUGGUUUGUGUCUGACAAUUUUACUAUUUCUGCCUGUAGAGCCAAGCAUAGUUUUUUAUCAUCAUGAAUGAGAGUCUCUCUCUCUCGUUUUUGCUUCUCCCUUCAACAGUUUUUUUUUGUUAGAGCCCAAAAAUGUCACCCUCUUCAUCGAUAAUUGCAUGGGCGGUUGGAAGAUUGACGCUUGGUUUACGUAUGGAAACCAUGACUCUAACGAUGAGUAAGACAAAUUACAGCCUAAGAGGGCAAGUUACAGUUUGGGGAAAAUAAAGUGAAAUGGUAAAACAUGCACAAUGAAUUGAGGUUUCUCACAGGAAAUGAAACAGGGAAAUAUGUAUUAUUGUGUGAAAUAAACAAAACCAACCCCUGAUGUCAGAUACUUUCACAUGUAAAUUAUGUGUUGACAUGAUAUGAUGGCUGUAAGAAAAAUAUUUCUGUAGAUGAUCCCUUGCCAAAUAUUGAUUUGGGAUAAACAAUGAAAUGUGCGGAGGUCCUGAGGACUAGGUUUGAUCCACUCUCAGACUCAUGAAUCUGGACUAUCUCAGUAUUUCAUCUGGAGCAGUGGAGCAGCUCCCCUCAGAAAUGGUCCUCACUUUUAUCAACUUAGGUUCAUGCGCAGACAAGUGCAAUAGAGGUGUUGCAAAGCACUCGUUUUCUAAGCCAACAGCCAAGGAGAAUACCUUACAAUCUCAAUAUAUUUUCACUCAGACUGAUCAUGCUUCCCUCUUGGGAAAGGUCCUUCAACAGAAAAGAAAGGAGAAAAAAAUGUUUUCUACCUAAAAUAUUUUAAUACAAAACAUUUAUUCUGGUAGAUAUUAUUCUGAUAGAUAUUCCUACAGUACAUGAUCAUCUCUAUUAUAAUCCUGUCUCAGAUAUUCAACCAGGGUGCAGUUAGUCUGUGAACAUAACAGAGGUUAUUCUUGCAUGGAUCUUCAACUGUGCUGGAAAUGAAUCACUGUCAUGCAAUGCUUUUUCACAUACAUUUAAGGGAGCAGACUGCACACAUUUGCUUUGUAUAAUAGGGACCACAAACCCAGGUUCCCACUUCAGGAACAUACUAUCAAAUGCCAGGAUGGUAUGAUUGCUAUGUGAAGUCAAGAUUGGUUGAUUUGUUAUACUAUGGUUAUACUUGGUUAUACUGUGGCCCUAAUCACCACUUUUAUUGGACAAAGGGACUGCUGAGGAAUGUAAAUAUCUGCUUAUCGAUUGUGCUGGUCAUAACACCCAGAUAACAAUACCUGAAGUAGUAUGAAAUAGAUAAAUAAAUACAGUGAAUAUGUGACAAGAAUAUUUCAUAUGUCCAUUAGACAAUACUUUUUACUAGAUUUUUCAGAUUUUUUAAUUGUUCAUGUACUAUGGAAAUAAUAAAAUAUACAUUUGUUUAUA